AACGCGCAAUUCUUUUCUCCCAAGUGAUGGGCAACUUUCGUUGGCACCCCGUCGUUUUUGUGGCCGCGAUCUGCCUGCUGCUGCCGGCGAGGCUCGUUUGUGGGGCGAUAAUAUUCCCGAAGAUCCCGGACGUGCUCAACCCGCCGGUUCCGGACAGCAUCGACGUGGAGGAGCAGUCGUCGUACCUUCUGGACUCCGACCAGGACCCGGAAGUGACGCCGGGACUGUUCCAGGGCGAUAUGGCCAUGGAGAACGACAUGUACAAGUACUGGCGGGUUGGCCUCAAGUGGGACGUGUUUCCGGAACGUCGCUGGCCAAACGGAACCGUCCCGUACGCCAUCAGUCCGCUGUACGACAUCGAUGACCAGGUCACCAUCCGGCAGGCCAUCCGGACGCUCAACUUUAUGACCUGCGUUAAUUUUGUGCCCUGGAACGGACGCGAUAAGGACUUUCUGCUGAUUUGGCCCAUCAAAUAUCCGAAAGGAUGCUGGAGCUACGUGGGCAAAACCGGCGGCACCCAGAUCGUUUCACUGCAGCCACCGGACCAUCAGAGUGUCAACUGUUUGGGCCACGAGGGACGGGCCAUGCACGAACUGAUGCACGCGCUUGGUAUCUUUCACGAGCAGUCACGAGCAGACCGGGAUCGGUUCGUGAAAAUUCACUGGGACAAUAUCAUUCCGGCUUUCAAGUCCAACUUCGAGAAGCAGUCGCUGAAAAACACUACGUACAGCUUCGAGUACGACUACAACAGCAUUAUGCACUACGGAAAAAGCUAUUUCAGUGUUGGCAAGGGUAAACCCACCAUCGAAACCAAGAUGCCGGGCAUCAAGCUGGGCCAGCGGCAAGCCCUCAGCAAAACCGACUGCCUGAAGAUCAACGAUCUGUACGAGUGUCUGGACAACCCGAGGUUGAGCAAAAAGUACUACAAUCUGUGCAAAACCUUAGGCAUUUGACGCGAUGGGUUAGUUGGAGUUGAAUGCGGAUUCAAAUGUGCCAUUUCUGAAGAUGUUGAUUUGAAAUGUGAGUUUCAUUCACCGUAGGCUUAGUAUUUAUUGUUGGCGAAUCACAAAUAGUAAACGAUGAUCAUAAUA